ACCUAUGAGCACAACUCCCACGUUGCUGAAUAAGCCUCUGGUACUUGCUGGUUCGCAGGUAAUCCAAUCGUCAGGUCCCCAUUCCCUGCGAGUCUUGUGAGUCAUGUGAGCGUGUGAGCGUGUGAGCGUGUGAGCAUCGCUAUCCCCUAUGGAUGUGCUAUUCCCCUUAGAGUCCGCGCUCGGCCCGUCCGACGACGCCUUCCUCUCACCCCCGCCACCUUCCGCCUCCCCCUCGCCCUUCUCCCCAGCGGCAAUCGCCGCCGCCUGGAAAUCCGUGCACCAUGCCGCGGCUGAUGCGGCGGAUUCUGCGGUGGAAGCAGCCGCGCUGCCGGAUCCCCCGUUGACGCGCGACCAGCUCGCCGCCCUGCGCCCGCAUUUGGCGCUCCUGCGGCGGCUGCGCUUCAUCCUCGCGGUUCGGGAUGCCCAAGCCGCGUCGCUGGUCGCGCUACUUAGGCGGCUCGAUGCGGAGCGGUCUGUAAAUGCCAGCGGGUUCGCGUCUGACAAAGCAGGCGCCGCGGAAAUCGCGGCGCAUGCUGCGGAGAGCUGCUUGCUGGUGGUGGGCGCGUGGAUUAGGAAGGUGCGGCAGCAGGCCCCCCUAGCAGUGACGAGGCAAGGAGAGGCAGGAGGAGGAGGUGCGAGGGUGGGCGGGUUUAGUGGCGUUAGCGAGUCGCAGUGGCGUGUGGUCAGUGGCGGCAUUGAGGUGGCUCAGGUGGUUAUUGGCAGAGCGGAGAGGCGCACGUGUGAGCCUCGGGAUUGGGGGGAUGACGCACGGUGGGCAGGGGGAGGGGGGGUAUCAGCUGCAGUGUACCUGCUGGGUGUUGCCUGCCACUGCAUGGCACAGCAGCAGAACCAGCAGCAGCUGCAACAGGAGGAGGAGGAGAGGGAUGAGAAGCAAAACAGUGAUGGAGAAUUCAUGCACGUUAUGGCGGCAUCGCUGCAUGCUGCCAUGCGCCACUGUCCCCAUGCCAUCGUCCAUUCCUGCUUCAAGGAAGCCCUUGCAGGCAUGGGCUAUGCCAUGCUCGCAUGCACCCUCACUUUCUCCGCCCCUCCCUUCGACACACCCUCUCCUGCACCUAUCCCCACUGCCCAUGCCACAAUGUCCUUCCCAGCGCUUCUUUCCUCUCUCCUCCACCUCAGGCCCUUGGCCUCCAAGCCUGCACCAUUGCCAGCACCACCCGCAGUAGCAGCAGCAGCACCAGGAGCGGCAGCAGCAGUGCUGGUCGGCCCAGACGUGCCCCUCUGGUCGGCAGUGGUGCGGUGCGUUGAGUUCGUGACUGCUCGCUCUGCCGUGCUUCUCCCACCCGCACAAACAGCACCCCUCCUCUUCUCCCUCCACUCCGUGCUCGCUGCUGCGCUCCCCCCAUCCUCUCAACCAUCCCCACCUCCUUGGGAUCAUCCCAGAGGCAUGCCUCCUCCUCCUCUACUCGCCCCUCCUCCCCCCCUUCCGUCCCUCUGUGCGCCUGUGGCGGUGCUGUGUGUGUGCGGUGUGCUGCGGGGCCUGUAUGCAGCGCGGCACCACCACCUCUCCCUGCUGCGCCCACACACACUCAAACAGGCCGUGUCGAAGGACGGGCCAGCAGCCCUGCCUGCAGCUGCUGCGGAAUCCGCUGCUGCAAUUGCUGAGGCACAGGCACAGGCACAGGCACAGGCAGCGGCAAUGGUAGGACCAGUGUCUGCAAUUGUGUCCAAGGUAGCGGUGAGGGCAGCUCCUGCUAGCAGCCCGCUUCACAACAGCAACAGCAGGCAGAGAGGAAGUAGACCCAGCAGGAGCAGCAGUGCGAGCAGCAGUGAAGCAUCCCCCUCCUCCCAGCUGCGAGCCAGUGCAAUUGGCGCCUACAGCCCUGCUCUCUUCCCCCCCCUCUGCGCCCUCGAGCACCUCCUGCUCUCCGCUGCCCGCUCUGCUUGCCCCUGGCCUCCCUCCUCCCCCUCUCUCCCCACCCUCGCUCUCUCCUCACCACCGCCACUCAAGCACAGAAGAGAGAAGGGAGGCGUGUGGAAGGAAGAGACGAAGGGGCUGGGGGGCGAGGGCGUGGAGGCCCUUUCUUCUGCUGGCCUGCCUGCUGACCUGUGUUGGACCCAGGAACCUCUUCUUGCUGCUGCUGCUGCUGCUGCUGGUGGACGAAGCUGCAGCAAUAGCACCUGCGCCAGCAGCGGCAGCAGCAGUCAGCAGCAGUGGUCGGCUCUUGUGUUCCUGCGAGCGGUGGCCUUCGCCCUGUGCCAGCUCAUGGCAGGGGGUCGGCCAGGCCUCAUGACUGUGCAUGCCAUGGGGGGGGAUAGGGACGGGACUGGUGGCGGUGAUGGUGCGGUGCUGGAGUGCCUGGUCGCUGCUCUGCUGUCUGACUGCCUGCAGCUUGGCCCAUGGCACGCUGCCGCUGCUUCCCUCGUGCUGCAUGCUCAAGCACAGACAGAGCCACACUCCCAAGCACAGGCAGAGACACACUCCCGGGCACAGGCACACGCACCAGCACAAGCUCUAGUACAGGCAGAAGCAGAGACACGAGCCCGAGCAACACACAAGGAGGGCCUAGAGGGCUAUACGCUAGCUGCAAGCAGGCAGCUGGUGGCAGCACUGCCGGUGUUGGUUGGGGGGCCGUGGGUGCAGCAGGCGGGGGUGAUGGCGCGCUGCGUGUGCGAUGUGGUGGAGGGCAGACACGGCCUGUCCGCACUGCAUGAGGCUGCUGUCAAGGCCAUGGCGCCCGUUGUGGCUGCUGCUGGUGUGGCGAGGGAAUCAGCAGGAGAGGCAGACGAAACAAGAGGAGCAGGGGAAGCAGGAGGAGCAGGAGGAGCAGGAGGAGCAGGAGGAGAAGAUAAAGUAUCAAGAGCAGCAGCAGGUGGUGGAAGCAGAGGUGGCCGCAGGCGUUCUGCGAGUGUUGCCAUUCAAGCCGAGUCCCUGGUGCCCUUCCCCGCUCCUCCUCCUCUCCUUCCCCUCUCCAACCGCGCAUCCCUGCUCUCCCUGGCACGCACCCUCACUCGCUACUCCCUCUCCCUCAACUGCUCCCACCGCAUGUUUGCUGCUGCUGCUGCUGCUGCUGCCGCUGCUGGAUCAGGAGCGAAAAAAGCAGGGAGCAAUGGCCCUGGCAGAACCAUCGCUCCUGUCCUGGCAGCAGAGAGCACCACGGACCUUGCCUUGCUGCAGAGAGCAGCGGACGCGGCAACCACGGUGCGGGCCGGUGCAUUCGUGGCAGCGUGCGUCGUGCUGUCUAGCAUCAGCAGCACCGUUGCAACGCUUGCUGCUGCAGAGGAUGAUGAGGGCCCCUCGGAUGCGCGAGUAGCAGUGGGGUCUGGAGCAACUGCGGAUAAGAAAGCAGACGAUCAGGGUUCUGGUCCCGAUAGGGGGAAUGGGGUUGAGGGGGUGAAUAGGAUGGGUGAGGGGGUUGAACGUAAUGGGGCGGAGGGACAUAUUGGUUCAGCAGAAGCAGCUGAAGUGAGCUGGGUGAGGGGUAACCAGGAGGGGGAGCAGCAGCAGAGGGUGGGUGAACAAGAUAAUCAAGGGAGUGCAGGGGACGAGCACAUGGGGGGAGCAGCUGCCUGGGCCUGGAGGGACGUGCAGGGAAGGGUGGCAGUGGAGGCGUUGACCAGCCUGGCCUGGCUUGACUUCUCCCGAGUCAACGUGGGUCAACUCUUCCCUGCUCUCGUGGCAGGGAGUGUGGAGAUAGUUAAGGGGGGGGAGGAGGGAGCAGGUCGAAGAGACUUGGUGGAGGGGAGAAGUGUGGCGGGUGUGAGGGGUGGGGGGGGUUGGAGGACGAAGGGGCAGGGUGUUGGAAGAGAGGUGGCUAGGAGGCUGGAUGGAAGGGGUGUCAGGACAGCGAGCUCUUUUUUGCCGGUGCUUGCGUCCCUGGCCCCGCCCUCCCGGGCCUACCACUGGCAGCACGACCCUGCUGGCUCCUCUGCGCUGCUCUUCCUCUUCUGUGCUCUGCCCGCCGCCCUUCCGCGCCUGCCCCUCCACCUCUUCCUGCACCGCCUCGCACCCCUGAUCGUCAUGCAUCUCUCCCACCCGCAGCCCGUCCUGUGUUCUGCAGCCCACGCCCUCCUCGCCUCCUUCCUCUCCCUCCAUGCCGACACCCUCCUCCUCCUUGUGUACCCCACUCCUCCCUCCUCGCCCUCCCAACCCGCUUCUUUCCCCUCGGCUCUUCCGUCUCUCCCUUUCUUUAACAAGAAAGCACCCCACGGAUCCUCCCAUGGCGAUAGCAGCACCAAGAGCGGGGCAGGAAACACCAGACGCAUUGGCUUGAAGCAGGAGGAGAGUGGCAGUGAGGGAGGUAUCGGCGCUGGUGGUAGGGAGAGGGGUGAGGAGGAGCGGGAGGAGCGGGAGGAGCGGGAGGAGCGGGAGGAGCGGGAGGAGCAGGAGCGAUUGCUGGAGGAGAUAGAAGGAGUGGCACUGGCAUAUGUGGAAGAGUCUGUGAAGCUCUUCCCUGCCGUCACGCCCUUCGACGCCUUCCGCCAGGGCCUUGGCUCCAUCGCUCGCUGCCUCCCCCCAGGCCGCCCCGCCACUGUGCUCUGCUUCCGCCUCCUGUCCCGCCGCGUGCUCUGCCUUGUUGCAAAUGCUGCUGCUGCUGCUGCUGGUUAUGCUGGUUCCACUGCUGAUGCAGGGGGAAGGGGAGGGAGCGAGAGCAGCAGCAAGCAGAGGGCGGAUGGGGCUGAGGCGGAGGGAGCAGGGAGCAAUGGGGAUGGGGGAGAAGGCCAGGGCGGGCAGCUGAGGCCGUUGCAGGGGGAGAAGGGCAACGAGCGGGCUGCUGGGUCUGGAGGGGAGGCCACGCACGAGCAGGCAGUGGCAGGUGUUAGGGGUGCGAAUGGAGGGAGUGCGGUGCAAGUGGGUGCCACUGGUGGAUGGCGGCAGCUGCUGCAGCUGCUGCUUCAUCUCAUUCCAAUAGUGGAUGUGCAGGUUCUGCCUCUGCUGCUGCAAGAGGUGGCAUCAACCCUGGUGGCUAUCCGCCCAGUUCCACCUCAGGCCCCUCAAGCUCAUUCCACACACUCACCAGCUCCAGCCACAGGCAAGGAAGAGAGCAGUGGAGAGGGCACCGCACAGCCUCAAUCCGAGUCUUUGCAAAGGGAGCAGCAGCAGCCGAACGCUUCAGUACCUAUGGAGCACUCAGCAACAGAAUCGCCACAUGGGGAGAGGCAGAAUCCGAGCACGCAACCUGACAACCGUUUAUCCUCAACCAAAGCACACCAGGUGCAGGGUCACAGAGCUGCAGGGCGUUCCGAGAGCUCCCAGGGGGCUGAGGGUGAGGAGGGAGCAGUGAGGAGGCAGUGGCAGCAGGACGCGUUGGGGGAGCUGUACUCGGUGAUCUCGGGGUGCUACGACUACGUGCGACGCCCCACGCUCGUGUCCUUCUUCCAGACGCUCUCCUUCAUGUGCAACCAUACUGGGGGUCUCGCGACAGGCCAAUCAAGACUUUAGGAACGGGCUUCUGUGUGCCAGGCUGCCAGCACUGUCAGCAGCAGUAUGUAGCGUGCCGCAAUAUCGAGCCAGUGUAGCUUGAGGCAUGUGGCUGAAGACUGUCAUGGAGAUGUGAAAGAGUACUCCCAUCGCAACAGUGUCUAGUCAUAGGACAGUGUCACUCAGCCUAGCAUUGACAUAGCAGAAAGAUAAGUUUAGA